CGUACGUAGAGUAGAGACGUAAACAAGCGACGGACGUUGUAUAUUUUCUGUGAUUACUAUUCAUUAUUGAUACCAUUAAAUAUUCCGAUAAUGUCAGCACAAAACGUAAACGUCUGUGAUAUUGGUGAUGAUGUAAAGGAAGUCCUGAAAAAGUUUCGUUUCCAGAAACACACUUCCAAUUCUGCUCUUAUUUUAAAGGUGAAUAGAGAAAAACAAGUCCUAGAAGUUGAUGAGGAGCUGGAGAGUGUUGAGCUUGAAGAACUACAGGAUAUUCUGCCGUCCCAUCAGCCGAGAUUCAUAGUUUACAGCUACAAAAUGGAGCACAGUGACGGUCGGACAUCAUUUCCGAUGUGUUUUAUAUUCUACACACCCAGAGACGCACAUAUGGAGCUGCAAGUUAUGUACGCGGGCACACAGAGGGCGCUGGCGGCCACCGUCGGAGCCCCGAGACUGCUCGAAGUCCGGGAGAUAGACGAGCUGACCUCGGAAUGGCUCGAAGAGAAACUGAGAAAAUAAUUACUAAUAAUUAAAACAAAUUAACGCGUGUCAGCCCGCCGACGUGGACAAAGCUCGGCGAAAACUUAGUAUUUAGGUUUUUGACUGAAACAGGGAAGAUUCAUUAGUAAGGCAUUUUGAUAGCUCACAGAAAAUAUUACAAGUUAUUCAUACAUUGGGUAGGUACCACCGCCCUGCCUGUUUUUGCCGUGAAGCAGUAGUGUGUUUCGGUUUGAAGGGCGGGGCAGCCGUUGUAACUAUACUGAGACCUUCG